AUGUUUAACGGGAUGAUGGAUCCGGAAUUGAUGAGGAUGGCUCAGGAGCAGAUGAGUCGUAUGUCGCCGGCCGACUUGGCUCGGAUACAGCAGCAGAUGAUGUCAAAUCCAGAUUUGAUGAGGAUGGCUUCUGAGAGCAUGCAAAACUUUAAGCCUGAAGAUUUCAAGCAAGCUGCAGAGCAGUUGAAGCAUACUCGCCCUGAGCAUAUGGCUGAGAUCAGUGAGAAGAUGGCAAAUGCUUCACCUGAAGAAUUAGCUACAAUGCGUGCCCAGAUGGAUGCACAGGUGUCAUAUCAAGUCAAUGCUGCUGAGAUGCUGAAAAAACAGGGAAAUGAACUUCACAGUCAGGGGAAGUACAAAAAUGCUCUGGAGAAAUAUAUGCGUGCAAAGAAAAACCUUGCAGAAGUUCCUACUUCAAAAGGCAGAAAUAUCCUUUUGGCGUGCUCUCUUAAUAUGAUGUCAUGUUACCUGAAAACUAAGCAGUAUGAUGAGUGUGUCACUGAAGGCACGGAGGUUUUGGCAUAUGAUGCAAAGAAUGUUAAAGCCCUCUACCGUAGGGGUCAAGCAUACAAGGAAUUGGGGCAACUAGGAGAUGCGGUGUCAGACUUGAGCAAAGCACUUGAAGUAUCUCCUGAAGAUGAAACUAUUGCAGAUGUGUUAAGGGACGCUGAGGAAAGAUUAGUCAAAGAAGGUGGUGUGCGUCCUUCAAGAGGAGUGGUUAUUGAAGAAAUAACUGAUGAACCCACUGUGUCAUCUGACAACCAUGUGGAAUCAACAUCCAAUGAUUCUGUGUUACCGCCAAAAGAAGCCAGUCAACGGAAUGCACGUCAGUCUGCAAACCAUAGGGACCCUCAGGCAGCUACUGACUAUCUAGAGGCUCUAAAGGAUAACCCAGAAUCUAUCAGAUCCUUCCAGGAUUUCAUUUCUCGCACCGACCCCGAAACAUUGUCUGCUAUAAGUGGCGGAAAAGUCGAUGGUGUGUCUCCCGAUAUGUUAAAGACGGCAUCGAGUAUGAUUGGCAAAAUGUCUCCAGAAGAACUUCAAAAGAUGUUCCAAUUAGCUUCCUCCUUCCAAGGAGAAAACCCAUUCUCGAAAAGCGGUCCCAGUUUCAGUCCUGGAUCGAUUCCAUCCGACGUAUCACCUGACAUGCUCAAGACUGCAACUGACAUGAUGGGUAAAAUGUCGUCAGAAGACCUUCAAAAGAUGUUUGAAAUGUCUUCCUCUUUGAAGGGUAAUGGGGCCGCCUCGUCAUCAUCUUCAUCAUCAUCUUCAGCAGCAACAGUUGCGCCAAAUAUUUCACCUGACAUGUUUAAGAUGGCGACUGAUAUGAUGGGUAAGAUGUCAACUGAAGAACGUCAAAAGAUGUUCGAAAUGGCGUCUUCCUUGAGAGGAGGACAGGAAAGAGCACCACCAUCAACUGCAACUUCUUAUUCCAACGGAUUAAGACCGGACGACCUUAUUAGAACUCGAGAAAAUUUGGAAGUGAAUGGCAGCAAUGUCGGUGAAAGUAGUUCCUCUCAGAGUGUGAAUACAGGAAUUUCUGCUCAGACAAGCUUCCUAAAUCCCGGUGCUGAUUUACAAGAACAAAUGAGAAACCAAAUGAAAGAUCCAGCUAUGCGACAGAUGUUCACAACCAUGAUGAAAAAUAUAAGCCCCGAAACAAUGGCUAACAUGGGCGAGCAAUUUGGGUUCAAGCUUUCUCGAGAAGAUGCAGAGAAAGCUCAACAGGCUAUGUCUUCACUGUCGCCCGAAGCUUUGGACUCAAUGAUGAAAUGGGCGGAUAGGGCUCAACGAGGUGUAGAAGGUGCGAGGAAGACAAAGAAUUGGCUUCUGGGAAGACCUGGCAUGAUUUUGGCCAUAGUUAUGCUCCUUUUUGCAUUCAUCCUUCACUGGUUUGGCUUCGUCGGAAAGUAGAUAAAUACACACGAUUACUCGUGCUAAAAAGACGGUUUUUCUUAACAGAUGUUUUUUUUCUUUUUUGGUGGGGAUCAGUAGUUUUAACAGUUGGUUAUAAUUUUAAUGUUUGAUAUGGGAAAAUAUUGCCUAGUAUAAGUUGUAAGUUGCAUAUGUACAACAACAUAUUUUGAGAUGAAUGACCAAAACAAGUUUUGUACCAUAGGCGGCUCUGAAUAAAAGUACUUGUUGUUCUGUCA